AUGAAUCCCAAUUUUACAGACUGGCAUGAGCAAGAAAUUGAAUCAGAUAAUAUUUCAGAAUCAUCAGAAUUAUCAGAAUUUAGCAAAAAUGAUAAUUGUGAUGAGCAUUUAUUAAGCAAUUGUUUAAUGGAAUUUGAAAAUUUGACAUUAGAUGACAAUAAAAGCAAUUUAUUGCCCAUGGAUAUAGGCUCAGAAAUAUCAUCAAAUUAUCAAGAAAGUUUCUCUAGUAGAGGUCAAAAACAUGGCAGUGGGAGGUUAUGUAGACCCAGAGUAAGUAGAAAUAAUCAUGAUAGUAAUACUCUUGCUAAAAAAGUCAGUCAACAAGUAAAUACUCAAGAACUAUCAAACUUUGUAUUUUUACAAUACAAGUAUUCAUUUUGUGAAAAUGGAUAUCCUAUACUUUCUAGCCAUUUUUAUUUAAUUAAAAAAAUUACACCAUUAAUGUUAUUUUAUGAGUUCUUUACAGCUGAUUCUCUUAAGCAAAUAGUUGAAUUAACCAACAAAUACUAUGCUAUUCAAAAUCUAGCAGGCACAAAGCGAUCAUAG